AUGGAAUACUCCUACACGCCGCAGGGUACUAGUAUCCCCUUGGAACGCACGCAGUCCCGCCGGACUGACUCGACGAGUGAAGAUGAAGUUCACAAGACACCAGGUAAAAGUUCGAAUCCUGCCUUCGACAGCUCUCUUAAACUUUCGCCUCUCCGAAUGAUAAGCUACUGGUGGCUGGAGUUCCUCAGCUACGCAGUGGCAGCAAUCACUCUGAUGGCUAUCAUCACUGUUGUCAUGGUCUAUCAAGACAAGCCAUUGUCACAGUGGCCACAUUUCAUUUCUGUCAACACUCUCUUGUCCAUCUUCUUGUCAAUUUUCCACACUCUAGUCCUAUUUCCAGUGGUAGAAGCACUUGGGGAAGUGAAGUGGAUGUGGUUUCAUCGCCCAAACAGCCUGAGGGAUCUGGACCGGCUAGAAGAAGCAAGUCGAGGAGCCAUUGGGUCUCUGAAGCUCCUUUUUGCUGGGCCAAGAAGGUUUGGCUUUCAACCCCCACAGCCAUUCAGUCAGCAACUACUGACUCUGAACAGUCCGCCCGCCAUAGCUGGUGCAUGCAUCAUCGUGGCUUUACUGGCCAUUGACCCGAUCACACAGGAGAUUGUCCAAUACCAUAACUGCAAGCACAUUGUUCCUGGAGAAGUGGGCCUGAUUCCUCGCACCAACAACUACACAGCAGCAGGAACGCAUCUUGGCCCACUUGAUGUAGCGUUGGAUGCACCGAUGGCUGCUGCCAUGUACCAGGGACUUAUCAACCCAAGCCGAAUCGACAGCACCAGUAGUAUUCCCUUCACCUGCACGACAGGCAAUUGCACAUUCACACAAGCCAUACCAGAUGUUAGUUUUGCAUCUCUUGCAAUGUGUGCCACUGCCCAGGACAUCUCCUCAUCAAUCCAGUUUCACAAUGAAACAGAGGUUUACAACCAAACGGAUCCUUCAACCCACCAGACAUACAGUUCACGCUUCACAAAUGUCUUCUGGUCAAUCCCAAGUGGAGCGCAAAUAGGACAGACGACAAUGCUAUCAACGUCCGGCGGUGGCGUGUACAGCCUUGACUUUGACGCCUUGAUGUUCACCACGCGUGGUUGCCCCGAUCCCAACUUCGCAUGCGCCGGCAAUCCCUGGGCAGUCCACUUCUCCCUGUUCCCGUGCAUCCAGUUCUACAGUGCCGACAUUUCCAACAACAUUCUUAAUGAAUCUGUUCUGUCGUCUAAACCGCUAGCCUUCAACACGUUAGACCAAAGUUAUUCACUCGCGGGAAAUUACCCGUCAACUCCAUCGACAAAAUGCACUCGCUCCCUCCAACACGAAGGCAACAAUAGCAUCCCGACAUUUGAGUACGAUGGAAUUGAUGUCUACUACUCACAAACUCAAAUGGCCAUGGUGGGUGGGGCAGUAAACAGCACAAUCUAUUACUAUCCUCCUGAAUGUGUCUGGUUUUUCUCCCGUGCGUCCUAUAAGGCCAUCUCCCAACAUCUGCCAAACUUCUUCUGGGGCCGAAAUUUGAGUUCUCCUUACGCAAGCCCCAAUAUCACCGAGGGUGAUUUGUGGCUCCAGAGGCUUUAUGCGGGGGGUGCAGUGAAUUUGUCCUCCGCAAAGACAUAUAUUGAGAGUCUUGCUAGUGCCAUGACUAUCACUAUGAGGCAGCAAGGCGAUGCUUCCAACAGUGCCCCUGCAAAAGGCACCAUGUGGCAUUUACAGACCUGUAUCCAUAUCUCUUGGAACUGGUUGUCGGUGGCCUUUGCAAUGCUUUCUUUGGCCAUCACGUUUUCCGUGUGGGUUAUUCAACGGUCAGUCAUGGCAUGUCGUCACUCUUACCCACGGAACCCGUGGAAGUCAUCAAUCCUACCCGUGGCAUUUCAUAGGUUGCAUGUCAAUGUGGAUGAGUUGCAAGACGAAAACAAGCAGCUGCUUGAUAUCCGAAAGACGAGCAAGGUCGCUUCUACUCUCCAGGUCCAGUUGAUUGAUUUGGAGAAAGAUGAUCCUGUUAGAAGUUCAGUUUCAAGGGAACCAGCAAAAGAAUAAUGAUGAUAGUGAUGAUCUGUGGCCUAUGUAGCUCUUCGAGCGACGUCUUGUCUAUCUGCCUGUACCAUAGCCUGACCUGAAUAGUUGUAUUUGAGCUUAAUCUUCAUCUGAGGUUUCUCAUGUUUGUACAGCUGUCCUGAUAUUAUUGAGGCUGUUGAUCUAGGGGUAUCAUGGUUGCUAACUUCAGGGGUUGCUCGUUGUACUCAUUAUAUUUAAGCUGCUAUAUCAUUCCGCUGCUGUUGUUCCUGUUGUAUUCAGAGCAUUUCUGCUCAGUAAACUGUUCCAUUCUGUUAAUUCCUUCAGACACUUCGCCUGGACUAAUA